ACGACGUACUUGCAAUUUCCCAUGUCUGUUGGUUUGCAGUAAGGACCACAUAUUGGCUUUGGAGUUCGGUAGCAAGACGAGUUAUGUAGUCGUUUCCAAUUUAACACAUGUUUCAGCUGUGGACUUUCAUUAUAACCUGGGCUACAUAUUCUGGAUUGAUAACGGCGAAAGAAACAUCAAGCGUUCUAAUAUGGACGGCACAAACAUAAAUGUUAUUCAUAACAAGACAGGAGUCGGUUUGGGUUUAGCAGUUGAGUGGAACUCCUUACAAUUGUAUUGGACUGAUUCAACGAAUGGUACCAUAUCGGUGUCAGACUUUCAGGGAAAUAACAAGAAAGCCCUCUGGUCCUCAAAAACUGAAAAGCCGGAUGGAAUUGUUCUCGACCCAUAUGAGGGAUUGAUGUUUUGGACUGAUUGGGGGAACCAGCCGAAAAUUGAGAGAUCAACUUUACUCGGAACUCAGCGUGUCGCAAUAGUAACGACUCGUGUUGUGAUCCCAUAUGGCAUCACCCUUGAUCGACAAAGCAAACUCAUUUUCUGGGUGGACGGUGGAAUGGACGUAAUAGAGUCCGCUGACUACAAUGGAAGCAACAGAAAACUUCUCUUUCAGCGAAGUGGAAUUUCUUUUUCUGGAGUUACUUUUACCUCGUCAUAUCUGUUCAUCAAUGGGUGGUUACAAAAUUGGGUUUGCAAAGUGGAUGCCUAUAAUGGAACAGUUGUAGAUAAUGUAACAACCAGCAGCAUUUUCUCAGAGGGAAUCGUCGCAUUUGACAGCUCGCAGCAGUUACCAGGUAAUCUGGUUGUGAUAGCUAUCCUAUCUGCAACAUUUAUUCUAAAAAUGUUAAGGGCAAAAAUAAAUAAGAAAGAUGCCAACGCAAUGGAAAUGUCAAUGAAGUAAGAAGAUGACAACGCAAUGGAACCUGGACAGGACAGGAGUUUGCUUGCUAAGGUAACUUUAUAUAGUAAUUAUCUAUAGUUUACGUGUUCCCCAGCUGGCUUACAGCAAGAUCAAAGCAGGACACUACUCGAUACGCAGCCGUAUCGAGUAGUGUCUACAAUAAUGUGUUGUAACAUAACUUACGCAGAACGCGCGCUCUGCGCCUCGUGGUUAACUAACUUUUCUCGUGUUCUCCCAGCAUCCCACGCGGUUUAUUAACCGGGGAAAGAUUUCCGUACAACCCCAUUCUUCGUUAUGCAUAUAAUUCUUGGAUAAAAGAAAGCAGAGACAAAACAACAGAUUAUCUUUGGGAUGACGGCUUUGUUUUUGACUGGUAUGGGGUUAUACGACGGAAAUCUACCCUUGCGCAUCAUGUCCUGGGAAAUUACCGACAAGAUUAAGGAACAGGGUUAAUAUCAGAAAUGUUAAAUCUCCUUCCUGAGCAUGGUAAUUUUAAGACAACUUGAAUUAAGACGUAACCGUAGAUGAGUUGAUAAACUUUUGUUGGCUAAUUUUCACAUGAAUAUCGUAAUGUUGGUGAAAUCUCUACUGUUUUAACUACUUAUUCUCCCCAGUCAUCAACUGUACAUCACCGAUGAUCGACCCAGGAGGUCUACUACGCAGGAGCAGCUGUGAUAAUCAUUAUGGAGCACAAUGUAACUUUUCUUGUCCCAUCGGACAAUCGGUUUGACACCAGAGUUAGUACUAGAUGAGAUGUUGUAAUGUACUCGAAAUGUGGAUGCCAUUCGAAUGCCAUGCUUAUUAAAAUCGAAUUUCUCCUUCAGCUGUCAAGUGCCCGACCUUGUCAUUACCGAGCAACGGCGUGCUUUUGGGAUGUAACACCAAGAAGACAGAUAUGCCAUAUGACACUACAUGCAGGUUCUCUUGUAAGGAAGGAUCUGAAGCGACUGGUUUAAUAGUAAAGAGGUGUGCUGAAAACGAUACCUGGAUUGGACCAGACCUUGUUUGUCCAGGUACAAGAAACGCAAAUAUCAAAAUUUUGAGGAAUUUUAAUGAUUUUCGAUUAUUUUACUCGUUUUAUUCAUUAUGUCGAAUGACGAGUCGAUUCGAGAUCGUUAGUGUUCUUUCCGCUCAACGUUUACCACGAUUGUAGAUCGCGAUAGGCGAUCUAACAUCACGGCGGCAGUUAAUUCUCGAGACUACGCGGUUGAUGUCAUACAUUUGUACAUGGAUCAAUCGAUGUAUGGUGGAAGAGCUUGACUACCUUGGAUCAGGAAUCGAUACAGGGUCGUCAGUAGUCUUUUUAAGGUUGCAAAGGUUGUAGAUUAUGGCAGCCGAUGUAACAAAAAUGUCGCAACAUUUCUUUGUGUGGCUUGUCAGCUGACCCAAUGCAUCUGGGCAUGGAUCAAUCGAUCUUCUAUAGUAAAAUGGAUCGUCACUGUCUCUAGGUGUUCAAGACUCAGUUACGAUACAUUUGCUGUUGUUCACCUUAUUCAAUUUUAUUCAUGAUAUUUAUAUUGAUUAAGAGGCGACAUCUGCAGAUUCGAUGUGUUGCUCUUCUGCUAUAAAUUCUAACUUUCUUGUGAGCUUAUUCCGUUUCCAAUUGAGCCGUGAUUGUGGUAUAGUUGUCAAUUAGAUCAGUAUGAAUCUUUGAAGUCUUUAAAUUAGACAGAGAAGCUAUGAACUCACCGGAGAUUUCCAACGGCUGAACUGCCAAAAACAUCUUUGGUAAUUUAAGACUCACGUGAUGAUGAUAGCUUACGGUCAACCUGUUUGAACACUUGCCAACUGAGAAGAGAACUGUGAAGUCGAAUUAUACCUGAUGAUUUUUCAUUGAUGAAUGCUAAGUUCUCUUUUGCGGAAUUCCUGAACAGUCGGAUGAAAAAGCCCAAGAGUUCGUAUCAAUUUGUAGUUUUUAAUUGUCUUUGUAAAUUAACCAGAAAGCCCCGAACUAUGUUAUGGAAUCAGUUUUCUUCCGCUCUUGUCCAAACUUAUCAGACGUUGCCUAUCGCUUUUACUGUUACACUUAAAUUGUAUCCCGGUGCAAAUUACUUACACGCACGGUCUCGGUUAUAGAUCCAAAGAGUGACAAAAUCGGGUACGUAAGUAUAUAAUUAUACAAUAUCUGCAGAGGGAUGUUUGAAAACAUUCUCCCUAACGUAAACGUUUGCAAACUUAUGCCAGAUUUUAGAAAUUGUAAUAAUUAUUUCAAUUUAAGCUGAGAUUUUCAGAGUUGCAAACUCGGGUAAGCUUUAGUACAGUGAGAAGGGGAAAAUACGAUUUCAAUAAACCUGAACGUAAAGGAGCUGUUUACUCCAAAUAUUUCAAAUUAGGGAUACGAAAUGUAUUCUGUUCACUAACAUUUCUUUUAGAUAAUGUCCCUAGGCUCUCUUUCAGGUCUUUUAGCAGGAACUGUGCUGGGAAGGUCCAUCCAUUUGUAGACUCUUUAGGACCGCCUACACCUUGAUCCGGUUGCUGUCUUCAUACUUCUUCCUCAGGUCUUCGCCUAACGUUAACCUGACUUAUCGUGCCUGGCUGCUCCUGUUCACAGAGUUUAAGGCGUCGUCCAGAACGCAUUGCGAACCAGGGUACACCACGAAGCUGAAAGGCAGUUUCUUUUCACGUUUUAUUUUCUUGUUUUCUUCUUAUGUCCAAUUUUUGCCUGCUCCUUUCCCUGGAACAAAGCUUGGAUGCUCAGGGAAUGCAGCAGUUUAUUGUGUUCUUAAAGUUCUUUUACUUCUUCGUCCAUCAUACAUAAUAAAUUUUUCGAAGUGACCAUUUACUAAACUACAACUACCUGUUAAUCAAAUGAGAUGGUAUAACACCAGUGGAUGUUCGAAGGAGCCAUCCAAGGAAGAUCUCCAAAUCUUCACAUUACAGUUUAUCAACCUUGAGAAAAUGAACAGAUGUUAAGUAUUCCUUAAUGGAUAAAUCUUUUAAGCUAAAACGCUCUCUAAUAACUCGUCUUUAUGAUUUUUGUGUGGCUUACACAAGGUGUGUGGCCACAGUAUGGCACGAUCGGAUUGAUUGAUUGAUUUAUUUGUCGAGGAGAGUCAAACGCAUGUCACGUGGUCUGGUGUCGUAAGGCGUACUAGUCUGAGUCAGCCAUCUUGGUUGUAAGCGUGGUCUCGAGUAAUUGUUUUUGGAAAGAUUUCCAUACAAC